AUGGAGCCUAGACGGACCUCCUCGCGCGUGCAGAAACUCCAGGCAGACCAUCUUCCGUCAGAAACCGCGGAGAAAACAGAGACAACCACCAAGACUACCGCUACCUCGGCCUAUACGAAUUUCGAAAGUUCCAACGAGCAGAAGAUCGCGCAUCCAAAAAAAAAGGAUGUUGCCACUUCAGUGAUUCCGAUGUUCGAUGGUGAACUCAAUGAUGAUCCUAAAUGCACCGGAGGGGAUUAUCUCUUUUCUAAUCUUGCCCCUUUGACUGAUGGAUCACUGGCUAUAGCCAAACCAGAUCAUCAUUUCGGCGUUAGACCGGAAGAUGUCAAUCGUCAGAUCCGUGAUGAACUGAAUCAUUUGAUCGUUCCAUCAACACAAAGUGAUCUUGCCAUAUGUCAAAAUUUCUUCCUGGAACUCAAAGGUCCCGAUGGUACCCCGGCGGUAAUCAGAAGGCAGGCGUGCUAUGAUGGAGCACUAGGAGCUCGAGCCAUGCAAGCUCUACGAUGCUAUGGGCAAAAGCCGUCCUAUGACAACAAUGCAUAUGUCAUUACAUCGGCCUACCAUUCUGGUCAUCUCGAAAUAUAUGCUACCCAUGUCACCAAAUCCACGCGUCGAGAUGGCCGCCCCAUGUACAUUAUGACGCUGCUUGACAGCUUUUCUAUGAUAGGUAGCUUGAGGGCGUUUCGGCAGGGGCUAACAGCAUACCGGAAUGCUCGAGACUGGACAAAAGAAACAAGGAAUGAGCUUAUCGAAGCGGCGAAUGAGCUAGUGGAGGGACCUCGCUCUCGACAUUCUUCUUCUUCCCAGAAUCAGACUCCUGAACUAGUGUCCAACAUGGACAACUCGACAUCAAUUGGUUCCACUAGACCGGCUAACAGCCUCACCGAAGACACUCAGUGGAAGUUUAAGCGGUGA